AUGACGGCUCACGUUUCUCAUCUACCACAGGUUCUUCUGGGAUCGGUUACCAGUCCCGGUGGUACAAUCACCCAAUUCCCCGACGGUGCGCCCGAGUCAACUCCGUUUCACGUGGGAUCUGAUCGGCGUCCAUCGCUCGAGACAUCGACCCUUGCUAGCGAUACUAGUUCCACCGUCGGGCAAUCGUCUAGACGAGGCUUCCGUCGUCGCGCCUCGAUCCUUAAGAGAUUGGCGGGUCCGCGGGAAAACGCAAAGCGUCUCUUCGGCUUGGGGUCCCUGAUCCACUCUGCGCCCUCUACGCCACCAUCGCCCCCUCUUCCUCCCCCUCCCCCUUCUGCCUCAAUGACUCAAACACAUCGUCCUCGCCCCGUGUCUGAGAUCGUUUUGAAUCCCGACAAUGCCACAAUGCUCUCUACCACCGGGUUAAGAGUGGGCAGACUGCGCUCGCAUUCUUCCUCCACCGUGUCUUCCACCCAGCCUUUUCCGGCUUCCGCUCAUUCCGUCCCCGCAUCGGAUCCGGCCGUGCCGUUCCCUGCUCUACGCAACGAGAAGAUAGUCGCCACAGGAAGCGGAAUCUCCGUCGGAAUCGCCCUCACGGAGCCAGUGCUAUACCUGCAGGGUUACGAUCAGAAUGACCCAAGUACCAAGAAAUCCGCCAUCCUCCGCGGACAGUUGCACCUGAAAAUCACCAAAAGCGUGAAGGUGAAGAAGAUCUCGAUCUGUUUCCGUGGACAUGCGCAAACCGACUGGCCGGAUGGCAUUCCACCCAAGAAAGUGCACUUCCACGACAAGAAAGAUCUGGUAACGCAUGGAGUGAUGUAUUUCAACCACGGCGAUACGGCACUGAUGCAGAAUGACUACGGCGCGCAUUUCUAUCAGCACGCUAAACCCGUGACUUCUGUUACAGGAAAGGACGGUCCGACUCUGAUCACUCGCGAGCUGCUUUCCAAGACGGGUUCCUCGACUUCGUUGAGUCAUGCGGGCCAGUUUACUGCCAAGGAACUGAAACGACUAUCUUUAAGUUCAAACAACUCUCGCAGCUUUGGAAAGAAUGAUCCGCCGCCUCCGCCGGUCCAUCCGCCCCGCAACUACCGCCUCUUCCCCGUUGGCGAUUACCUGUACAGCUUUGAAUUUCCCAUCGAUGGAUCCCUCCCGGAGACAAUCAAGACCGACCUGGGGUUCGUACAGUAUGAUAUUGAGGCGAUCGUGGAGAGAGCCGGAGCGUUCCGACCUAAUCUGCUGGGCAGCUUGGAGGUCCCGGUGAUCCGCACCCCGGCGGAGGGCUCGCUGGAGCAGGUCGAACCGAUCGCGAUUUCUCGCAACUGGGAAGAUCAGCUGCAUUAUGAUAUCGUCAUUUCGGGAAAAUCCUUCCCUCUUGGAUCCCAGGUUCCUAUCGCAUUCAAAUUGACGCCCUUGGCUAAAGUCGAAUGCCAUCGGAUCAAGGUUUAUGUGACGGAGAAUAUUCAACACUGGACGGCCGAUAAGAGCGUGCAUCGCUUCCAGCCCGCGAAGAAAGUGCUAUUAUUUGAAAAGCGCGCCGACUCUGCCAGCACGAGUACCUAUCCAGGUAGCUCGAUGCGAGUCACGGCAGGCGGUGGCAUCGACUGGGACCACCGCACAGCUGCGGCUCGAGGUGAGGAAGUGGUUGACCGAAACCGCACCAACCUCCUUGGCAAUCUUUCCAGCGAUUCAGGGGUUGGCCCCACCGAGAUGGAGUUCAAUGUUCAGCUCCCGAGCUGUCAAGAGAUGCGCAACCGCGACGAGUCGCAGCGACUGCACUUCGACACCACGUAUGAAAAUAUCCAAAUCAAUCAUUGGAUCAAGAUUGUUCUACGCCUUUCGAAGGUCGACGAAAGAGACCCUGGCAAGCGAAGGCAUUUCGAGAUCUCGAUUGAUUCUCCGUUCCAUCUACUAGCUUGCAAGGCCACCCAGGCAAAUAUCUACCUUCCGGCGUACACCUCGCCGGAGUCGGAGCCAACCCCGCAGGCUCAAGAGUACGAGUGCGGCUGCCCUGGUGCGCCACUGCUCAAUCGGGCCGGUUCCAGCCGACAAUCGCUGUCAUCCGAACGGGAUGAACGACCGAAUGGAGGCGCUGUCUCCAGAAGUUUCACCAACGGCUCUGGUGGCUUGACUCGACCACCUCAGGCACAUUUGGCUGACGAGCCGGUCGACCGACCACCCCGGCCCAUGCAUCUUCUGCGGGCCCCGUCGUUUGCGCCUCCUGCGUUUGAGGAACUCGAGCCACCGCCACCUCUCGUCACUCCUCCGCCCGAGUACAACACUAUCGUCGGAGACAAUGACAGAGAGACCGUGCUGCAGGAUUAUUUUUCGCGGCUUUCCACUUAUGAAGAACACGCUGAUGACGAUCGCGGCCGUGGGCGUGUUGACGUGCCUCUGACACCCGGAGGCCGCGUGAACCGCAGCAUGGACGUCCCACGAGAAUGGGUACGCCUGGAAUAA